AUGUAUCUCUAUGGUCUGGGUGUUACUUCCGACUGGUGCUCAGCUUUAUUAUGCCUUUCUGAUGCUUCUAGACGUGGCAGCAUUCAAGCACAAGGCAACUUGGUCUAUCUUUUCUACAAGCGCAAGCUUUACACACAGGCCGCUAAUUUGGCCAGCAAACUGGUCAAUUACACAGAAUCAGAAAUGGAAACCUGCUGUUACCAGAGUGAUAGUCUACAUAAAUUCGCCAAACGUGGUGUUGCAACAGCUGCUUUUAUUCUUGGUUGUUGCUUAGACCGCGGUGUCGGCAUCCGUAAAGACAGACAACAGGCUGAGAAGAUGUAUCAACUUGUGAGUCUUAUUUAA